UCAGUGGAGGGCCGUGAUUUCCGGGUUCUGUGUUGCUAGGGGCAAGGUGGCGCAGAGGACCUGUUGGAAAUGACGGUGGAAGAAAUCGGAUUUCAAUAUAAAGUCCAUAACAGUAAGCCUGGAAGAUAGCAAAGAAACUUCACCAGACCUGCGUGCUAAGGGGUGUGACUCACCAUGGAGUCCCUGAUGAGUGCGGUGGCCCCCCGGACCCCAGCCCUGGUGAAGAAGGCCUCUGAGGUGGACUUCCGGUCGGGGGCCACACUGGAGCAGCUGUCGGCCCAGGUGUCUGAGCUGGUCACCCUGGAGCAUGGGGACUUCGGGGACCAGCUGGCCCUCGAGGUCCACACGGCCAAAGACUUCAUCUUCAACAUGCUGGGCCUAGUACAGAAGGUGGACCAGCGUCUCCCGGUGGCCAAUGAGUACCUGCUCCUGUCUGGGGGUGCCAGGGAGGGGGUUCUGGACCUCAACCCAGAGGAGCUGGGGGACUACGCCAAGGGGGCCGACUUCGACCUGGACUUCACCCUCCUGGUGCCCGCCCUCAAGCUCCAUGAUCGCAACCAGCCGGUCACCCUGGACAUGCGCCAGUCGGCCCCCUGCCACUCCUGGCUCUCCCUGCGGCUCUGCGACCCCAACACCCAGGCAAGAUGGAGGAUCUGCUGCCAGGAGGAGACAGACUUACCCCCCGACGAUGAUGAUGAGGAAGAGAAAAGGGAAAUGGGUCACACAGCCUCUGGUGCCGUCCCCCCCUCCCUCUACUCUCCCCACCAGUCCCUGGAUGGCUGCUACUUGUCCCCGGCACUGGUGGCUGACUGGUUCUGGGGAGUGGUGGGUGAGGCGGUGGACGAGCUGAGGCGUUCCCCCAAGAGGGGCAUCCCCGUCCCGGAGAGGCUGGAACGCAACGGGCCCCUGACCACCCUCAUCCUCCAGGCGGGCUCCAGCCGGGUGCUCUAUGACCUGCUCCCAGUAGUGUCCUUCCGGGGCUGGCCCGCCGUGGCCCAGGGCUGGCUGACGGCCAACCACUUCUGGGACGGGAAGAUCACGGAGGAGGAGGCCAUCUCUGGGUUCUACCUGCUGCCCUGCCCGGCUCCGCUAGGGGGGAGGCCCGACCGGGAGUGGAGGCUGGCCUUCUCACGCAGCGAGGUUCAGCUGAAGAAGUGCAUCCCGUUCCCCAUGGCCCAGGCCUUCCAGGCUGCCAAGGCUGUCCUCUCCCGCCUCCUGGCUCGCCCCCGCACUGGCCUCAGCCCCUACCACCUCCGCACCCUCCUCUUUUGGGCCUGCGACCGCCUACCGCCCGCCUACCUCUCCUCGCCCGACCCAGAAACUCCCGCCCGCCUCCUCCUGGGCCUCCUGGAUGAUCUGGCCCACUGCAUUCUGGGUAAGAACUGUCCCAACUACUUUCUGCCCCAGUGCAACAUGCUGGAGCACCUGUCGGACAGCCAAGCCCUGCUGGUGGCCCGGAAGCUGGCCCAUGUCCGAUCUGACCCGACCGAGCACCUCCGGGCGGCCCUGGACCAGGCCAGACAGGCGAGCCAGCUGAAGAGGGAAGCGGCGAGCGCUACCAACGGGCACGGAGGGUCGCCCAGGCAAGGUUACCCGGCCAGCGGCAUCAUCUCGCCCUCGGACGACAAGUUGGCUGCCAGGCUGCAGCAGCUGGUGACAGAGAACCCCGGGAAGUCGAUUUCUGUUUUUCUCAACCCCGACGAUGUCACAAGGCCGCACUUCCGCAUCGAUGACAAGUUCUACUGACCUGAGAGUAAUGGUGUGAUAUCGACACACACUCUCUUCAAAACACAUGUAAAACGGCGAGUCAACUAGGAUGGCUCGAGAGUCAACACUACAGAGCCUCACUGCUCUCCUAUCCCGCCCCCUAUCCCUCCUAUCCCGCCUCCUCCUGGAGGCUAACGACAAUGAUGCUAACGCUAACAACGCUGCUGAACUAUGACACUACCAAAAACACCUUUGCACACUCCCAGGAGCAGGAGGCUGACCCUAGAGAGCCUUAGGCUAGAUAAACCAACACUCUUCUAUCCAUUUAGUAGUGAGUGAUGUCAUAAAGAGACCUCACCACAGGAAAAAUGCUCGUUGAGUUACCACGGAGACCGCUGCUCUUUUAUGAGCUUACCGUAACGAGAUGUUUUUUUUU